AUGAGCAGUAGUUGAGACGUAGUGAAACAUUUAGGAAGCAAUUUUUGAAAAAUUUUUAGUAAAUGGAUGUUUUAAAAGAAUACUUUAGUAAAGCUUUGCUAAUACUAUUAUUAGCCAUAACGGCGAGUGAGGGUCAAAAUAAUGUUUGUUUAAAUCAUGCCAUGGGAGAGUUUGUAGCAAAUCCUUUGGAUUGCAAAAAGUUUUAUUUAUGCGGUUUAAACGGUGAAGCGGUGCCAGCCAGUUGUCCCCCGAAUAUGCUUUUCAAUCCGGUCAGUAAAAUUUGCGAUAUCCAAACCAAUGUUAGAUGUGAAGCAACCACCACCUUGGCUCCUCCUCCUGCAACAACUCAAGUCACUACCACUGUAUCACCUAUAGCAUCUGUAGUGGAUUAUUGUUUAAAUCUUUAUACCCAACAGCCAAGUGCAGAUGCUUUGAUUUUUGUGGCUCAUCCCUCCAGUUGUCAUCAAUAUUAUAUGUGUUACUAUGGCCAGGCUUUGUUGCAGGAAUGCAGCACCGAUUUACAAUGGAAUUCCCGUAUUGGCAAAUGUGAUUUACCUAGCAAUGCUAAGUGUCAUAAAGAAGAUGGUAAUAUGCCUGUACCCGUGGCACCUACAGAAUCCCCUUCCAUAGGCAAUGCUAAUGGCAUUGUAUGUCCUGUGUAUGGUCAACAUAUAUUUCCACAUAUGCAACGUUGUGAUUUCUUUAUAUAUUGCGUUAAGGGUCAUGCUAUUUUACAGCAAUGUCCCUUUUAUCAGUACUUCGAUGUGGAGAGCAGUCGUUGCAAAUGGCGUAAGGUUGCUCUUUGUAUUAAGGAUUUGAAGUUAGUAUUUCGUAAGAAUACAUUUUAUGGAAGACUUUCAAUUUUAUUGCUGGCUGUGCCUUUUCUAAGCGCCUUUAAAUAUGUGGCUAAACCUCGUUUGACAGACUUUUGCUUGGGCCAUGAAUGGGGAGAGUUUGUGGCCAAUCCCAAUGACUGCAAACUUUUCUUUUUAUGCGGUAAAAAUGGUGAAGGUGUAGUGGCCUCUUGUCCACCAAAUAUGCUGUUUAAUGAUCAAACUAAACUAUGUGAUAAUGCGGAAAAUGUGGAAUGUGAGGAAGUAGCUUUAGCUGAGGAGGAGACGUUACCUAUUGCUAACUUCACCACCAAAGCCCCUAGCAAGAUCACCACCACCACCACCACCACCGUGAGACCUCCAAAAGCUGAUCAAUAUUGUUAUAAUUUGUAUGCUAUGCAGAGUAAGAAAUAUACCUUAGUAUUCCUGCCUCAUCCAGGCAAUUGCCAACAGUAUUAUAUGUGUUAUCAUGGUAAAGCUUUACUACAAUCCUGUAGUCCUAGACUUAAUUGGAAUUCUAAAUUGGGUAAAUGUGAUUUACCGUCUAAUGCUGAAUGCGUUAUAGCCAAAAAAGAGCAAGAUUAUGACGAGGAAGAUGAGGUUUUAACUUCUUUAGAGGAACCUAUAUGGGGCAAUAGCGUUAAGUGUCCUUUAUAUGGCGAGCAUAUAUUUCCCCAUACCCAGAGAUGCGAUUCAUUUAUAUUUUGUGUCAAAGGUCAAGCUAUAUUGCAGAGUUGUCCUUUUUAUCAGCAUUUUGAUGUGGAGAGCGCCCGCUGUAAGUGGCGCCAUAAGGCUACAUGUGUUAAGGAUUUAAAUUUGGAAUAUCAAGAUAAAAAUUUAAAUCUUUUUUUAUUUGCUGUGGUACUUAUACCCUCAAUUUAUGCAGCCGUUGGCCGCGCUAGACCAGAUUGUAGCUCUCAACCGAACGGUGCUAUUAUAACAGAUCCGAAAUCUUGUGCUCAUUACUAUCAGUGUUAUUUGGGUCGUACCUUUCGUAAACGUUGUUUGGGUGGUUUUUAUUAUGAUGAGAAAAUGAAAAUGUGUAAUUUCCCGCAAUUUGUUCAGUGUAAUGGUCGUGGUGUUAGAGGAUCUAGAGAAAAUAGUUCUAAGAAUUGUGGUGAAACUACUACGACUACACCUUGUAAUCAUCCUGCAGCUCCAACAACUACUACUACUACACCAUGUAAUCCUGCCGCAGCUCCUACCACUACUACUCCACCAUGUAAUCCUCCUGCAGCUCCAACAACUACUACUACACCAUGUAACCCUCCCCCUGCUCCUACAACUACUACUACACCAUGUAAUCCUCCUGCUGCUCCUACAACGACCACUCCACCAUGUAAUCCUCCAGAUUCACCAACAACUACUACUACACCAUGUAAUCCUCCCGAUGCUCCUACAACUACCACACCACCAUGUAAUCCUCCUGCAGCUCCAACAACUACCACUCCACCAUGUAAUCCUCCUGCAGCUCCAACAACUACUACUACACCAUGUAAUCCUCCCGAUGCUCCUACAACUACCACACCACCAUGUAAUCCUCCUGCAGCUCCAACAACUACUACUACACCAUGUAAUCCUCCCGCUGCCCCUACAACUACCACUCCACCAUGUAAUCCACCAGAAGCUCCAACAACAACUACUACUACACCAUGUAAUCCUCCCGCUGCUCCUACAACUACCACUCCACCAUGUAAUCCUCCAGCAGCUCCAACAACUACUACUGCACCAUGUAAUCCUCCAGCUGCCCCUUCAACUACUACUGCACCAUGUAAUCCUCCAGCUGCCCCUACAACUACAACUCCACCAUGUAAUCCUCCAGAUUCACCAACAACUACUACUACACCAUGUAAUCCUCCCGCUGCUCCUACAACUACAACUCCACCAUGUAAUCCUCCAGAUUCACCAACAACUACUACUACACCAUGUAAUCCUCCCGCUGCUCCUACAACUACCACUCCACCAUGUAAUCCUCCUGCAGCUCCAACAACUACUACUACACCAUGUAAUCCUACUGCCGCUCCAACAACAACCACUCCACCAUGUAAUCCUCCAGCAGCUCCAACAACUACUACUACACCAUGUAAUCCUCCCGCUGCUCCUACAACUACCACUCCACCAUGUAAUCCUCCUGCAGCUCCAACAACUACUACUACACCAUGUAAUCCUCCCGCUGCUCCUACAACUACCACUCCACCAUGUAAUCCUCCAGCCGCUCCAACAACAACUACUACACCAUGUAAUCCUCCUGCUGCUCCUACAACUACCACUCCACCAUGUAAUCCUCCAGCAGCUCCAACAACUACUACUACACCAUGUAAUUCUCCCGCUGCUCCUACAACUACCACUCCACCAUGUAAUCCUCCAGCAGCUCCAACAACUACUACUACACCAUGUAAUCCUCCCGCUGCUCCUACAACUACCACUCCACCAUGUAAUCCUCCAGCCGCUCCGACGACUACCACUCCACCAUGUAAUCCUCCCGCUGCUCCUACAACUACCACUCCACCAUGUAAUCCUCCCGCUGCUCCUACAACUACCACUACACCAUGUAAUCCCCCAGCAGCUCCUACGACUACCACUCCACCAUGUAAUACUCCAGAAGCACCAACAACAACUACUACACCAUGUAAUCCUCCUGCUGCUCCUACAACUACCACUCCACCAUGUAAUCCUCCUGCAGCUCCAACAACUACCACUCCACCAUGUAAUCCUCCUGCAGCUCCUACAACUACCACUCCACCAUGUAAUCCUCCAGCAGCUCCUACGACUACCACUCCACCAUGUAAUCCUCCCGCUGCUCCUACAACUACCACUCCACCAUGUAAUCCUCCAGCAGCUCCUACAACUACCACUCCACCAUGUAAUCCUCCAGCAGCUCCAACAACUACUACACCAUGUAAUCCUCCAGCAGCUCCAACAACUACCACUCCACCAUGUAAUCCUCCAGCAGCAGCACCAACAACUACUACUACACCGUGCAACCCAUCAACUAAAGCCCCAACUACAACACCAUGCAAUCCACCAACUAAAGCCCCAACUACAACACCAUGCAAUCCACCAACUAAAGCCCCAACCACAACACCAUGCAAUCCACCAACUAAAGUACCAACUACAAAACCAUGCAACCCACCUACCAAACCCCCAACUACAACACCAUGCAAUCCACCAACUACAACACCAUGUGGUAGCAAUGGUCAAAACUCAUACAAUGACAAUAAACCCCAUAAAAAUAUAAUCCAACAAUUAUUAGGUAAAUUUCCAAACUUCUCUAUCACCCCCUCCUCGAUCACUCAACAGAAAAGAAUUAACAGCUUGUGUUUAAACAAACGUCCCGGAACUUAUGUAAGAGAUCCCAAAGAUUGUGCCACCUACUAUAUGUGUAACUUUGAUCAGACCAUUGUAAACAAAUGUCCCCAGGGUCUUUACUUUGAUAGCGAAAAACGUUUCUGUAAUUUUGCUAAAUUUGUAAAAUGCAAUGUUUAAGUGUAAAUUGUUUAUGAAGAAUGUUUUAAAUAAUAAAGGCAGUUGAAAAAAAAUGAA